AUGGCAUCUCAUUCCAAACAAGUCGCCCUCGACCUCUCCCCCUUUUUCCGCUUGUUCGCCGACCGCACCAUUCACAGGAUGAUCCCUGAUCACUCCCUCCCUCCCUCCGACCACCCCAACUCACCCGUCCGCUCCAAGGACGUUGUCGUUGACCCCGAGACCGGCGUUUUCGUCCGGAUUUACGCCCCGCGCCACCAGGUUCUGCCCAACAAACUCCCCCUUGUGGUUUACAUUCACGGCGGCGCCUUCUGCAUGGGAUCCGCUAAGAAUCCUAUCUACCACAAUUUCCUUAAUACUUUAGUUGAAAAGGCCAAGGCAAUAGCAGUUUCAGUUGAUUACAGGUUAGCUCCUGAAAACCCUUUGCCCAUCCCAUUCGACGAUUCCUGGGCGGCCUUCCAGUGGAUUGCAGCUCACGCUGACGGCAAAGGCCCCGAGCCGUGGCUGAAUGACUACGCCGAUUUCCGGAGAGUGUUUGUGGGGGGAGAGAGCGCGGGAGCCACCAUAGCGAGUGACGUGGCGAUCAGAGCUGGAGUUCACGACUUCCCGAACUUGCAAAUCGUGGGACUCUUCUUACUGCAUCCUUUCUUCGGCGGAAAGGAAGAGGACAAACUGUACAAGUUUUUGUGUCCUAGUAGCAGCAGCCGCGACGACGAUCCGCGUUUGAAUCCGGCGGUGGAUCCGAGGAUCGAGCGGAUGGUGGGGCGCGUGAUUUUCUUCGUGGCGGAGAAGGAUCAGUUGAGGGAAAGGGGAACGGGUUGCUUUGAGGCUCUGAAGAAAAGCGCGUGGAGCGGAGAUGCGGAGAUUAUGGAGACAGAAGGGGAGGGACAUUGCUUUUAUCUGUUCAAUCCCACUUGUGAGAAAGCUGUCGCCGUUAUGGAUCGCUUGCUUGCUUUUCUUAAAACAGCAUAG